AUGGCGGCCCUCGGCGAGGAUCUGCUCACCACGGUCAACAAGCUGCAGGACCUGGUGUUCAACACCAUUGGCAGCGACUCUCUCGAUCUGCCGCAAAUUGUCGUCGUUGGAUCCCAGUCCGCCGGCAAAUCCUCCGUCCUCGAAAACAUCGUCGGCCGCGACUUUCUGCCCCGAGGCAGCGGCAUCGUCACCCGCCGGCCGCUGAUCCUGCAGCUCAUCAACAUCCCCGAGGACGAGACCGUCCCCGAUCCGUACAACGACCCGUACCGGUCCCCCGGUGCUGCGCGGCGCUCAGAAUGGGCCGAGUUCCAUCACAUCCCGAACCGGCGGUUCAACGACUUCAUAGACGUCAAGCGGGAGAUUGAGAACGAGACCGCCAGGGUUGCCGGUACCAACAAGGGCAUCAACAGGCAGCCCAUCAACCUGAAAAUCUACUCACCGCAUGUCCUCAACCUGACGCUCGUCGAUUUGCCCGGCUUGACUAAGGUCCCGAUUGGCGACCAGCCAUCUGAUAUCGAGAAGCAGACGAGAAAUUUAAUCUCCGAGUACAUCGCCAAGCCUAACAGUAUCAUCCUGGCUGUUUCCCCGGCCAACGUCGACCUUGUCAACUCGGACUCCCUCAAGCUUGCCCGGCAUGUGGAUCCUCUCGGCAGGAGGACGAUUGGAGUCCUCACCAAGAUCGACCUGAUGGACCACGGCACCAAUGCCCUCGACAUCCUGUCUGGUCGUGUGUACCCCUUGAAGCUCGGCUUCAUUGGCGUGGUGAACCGCUCCCAGCAGGAUAUCCAGGGCAACAAGCCCAUGGACGACGCUCUCAAGGCCGAAAUGGACUUUUUCAAACACCACCCGGCUUACCGUAACAUCGCAAGUCGAUGCGGCACCCAGUUCUUGGCCAAGACGCUCAACACAACGCUCAUGGCUCACAUCCGAGAACGCCUGCCGGACAUCAAGGCUCGCCUCAACACGCUGAUGGGCCAGACGCAACAGGAACUGGCCGGCUACGGCGACAUGCAUUUCAGCGGAAAGGAGCAUCGCGGUUCCCUCAUCCUGCAGCUCAUGACCCGAUUCGCAACCUCCUUCAUCUCCUCCAUUGACGGCACGUCCACCGAGAUCUCCACCAAGGAGCUCUGCGGUGGUGCCCGCAUCUACUACAUCUUCAACUCUGUUUUUGGAAGCUCACUAGACACCAUUGACCCUACCUCGAAUCUGUCAGCGUUGGAUAUUAGAACGGCGAUUCGCAACUCUACCGGUCCCCGGCCCAGCUUGUUCGUUCCCGAAAUGGCCUUUGACCUUCUCGUCAAGCCCCAGAUCAAGCUCUUGGAGAUUCCCAGCCAGCGCUGCGUCGAGCUCGUCUACGAAGAACUCAUCAAGAUUUGCCACACCUGCGGCUCAAUAGAAUUGUCUAGAUUCCCCAGGCUUCAGGCCAAGCUCAUCGAGGUGGUGUCGGACCUUUUGCGAGAACGGCUGGGUCCCGCCUCCAACUAUGUCGAGUCUCUCAUUUCCAUCCAGCGCGCAUACAUCAACACGAACCACCCCAACUUCUUGGGUGCCGCGGCGGCGAUGAGCAACGUCGUCAGUGCCAAGCAGGAGCGGGAGCGCAAGAGGCUCAUCCAAGAGGAGCGCGAGCGCCGCGAAAAGAGACGCAUCAAGGAGCUUGGUCCCAACGGCACGGAAGGGCAAGAGGACGGCGACGAGACUCCCGCCGCGGAGCGACCCGACCGACCCGAGCCCAGCCUGCGCAAGCUCGCCACGUCAAAAACUUCACGGAGCAUGUCGCCUGCCGUCCACCAGGACUCCCUGGUCGGCCUCGGCGCGUCCGUCAACGGCAUGCGCCCGUCGUCUCCGGGCAUGAACGGACAAGGCAUCGGCGGCGCCCGCGACACAUUCCUCAACUACUUCUUUGGCAAGGACGGCAUGGCGCCGGUCAGCGCCCCCAUUACCCCCACAACCAACGGCAGACAUAGCAGCCACCCCUCCGAGCCCAACUUUUCGCAGAGCCUGCGCCGCGAAGAGAAGCUCCCAAUCCGGACAGCUCCCCCCUCCAACCAACAAACAAAACUUUCGACUAACUGCAAACUGUCCUUCUCCCAGGGCGAAUCCACCGAGCCCGCCAUGACGGAGCGCGAAGCCAUGGAGGCGGAGCUCAUCCGCGCCCUCAUCUCCUCCUACUUCAACAUUGUCCGCGAGUCCAUCGCCGACCAGGUCCCCAAGGCCAUCAUGCACCUCCUCGUCAACCACUGCAAGGACGUUGUCCAGAACCGCCUCGUCAGCGAGCUCUACAAGGAGGCUCUCUUCGAGGAGCUCCUCUACGAGGACGACGGCGUCAAGAAGGAGCGCGAAAAGUGCGAGAAGCUGCUCCAGACGUAUCGCGAGGCGGCCAAGAUUAUCGGAGAGGUCUUGUAA